AUGUUGCACAACAUCUACGCUUUCCUCUUCCUCCUGUUCACGAUGCUGGCGUCCGCAGCCCCCGUUGGCGACGAGACUGUCACCGUAACCGACCAUGCAGUCCGCUAUGGCACCGGCGGCGGUAUUGCUGGGCUCAUCAUUCUCAUUCUCGACAUCAUUGUCAUCGUCGAGGUCCUCCAGUCGAAUCGCCCAGUCCCUCACAAACUCCUCUGGAUUUUGAUCGUCGUCUUGUUCCCUCUGGUCGGCAUGCUCAUCUACUUCUUCUUCUCAAACCGCGAAGCGCACAAGUCUUCCUACGAGCCUAUUCUAUGA